AUGGGUAACUGCUUUAGGCACUUUUAUCGAAGAUCCAACUCUUCGGAAGAUGCGCGCCGUCCUUCUCCUACUCACCCUCCAGCUUGGUAUUUGGAAAAUGAUCCGAUUCUUCACCCAGCGCCCGGAUUAUCAGUUCCCUUCUCACAACUCACCGAAGAUCAACAAGUGACCAUCGCAAUGCGGAUGGCAUUAAUCGCUACCCUACCCAUCUUCAUCUACGAUGAUAAUGAGAAUGCUAAGCUACCAGAAUGCGUGAUCUGCAUGUGCGAAUACGAGGCCGGUGAUGAGAUGCGCAAGAUGCCCAUGUGUUCGCACAUCUUCCAUCGCGCCUGCAUCGAUGACUGGCUAACGCGUUCACUUACCUGUCCCUCCUGCCUACAAGAGGUUCCCAUGCCCUCUUCCACAAUCCCUACCACUCCCACCGCCGUCGCUGCUUCCACCACCACGGCUUCCACGACCGCUACGGCUGCCGUUGCCUCUACAACUGCGGGGCACAUUGCCACUGCAAGCACUGGAAGGGCAAGCGGAGGUGAUAGGAGCCACUUGUCCGGUCCCUCAACCACCGAUUUAAGAGAGGAGGCACGGAGGAUUAAAAAACGAUCCAAGGAGCACGUCUCACCGUACAUUCCUUCUCAGGAACAGCAGAUGUCGCGUUCAAGGGAGGAAAGGGAACUGCGGCGUUUCCAAAUCCCCACCCUUUCCUCUUCCUCCUCUUCCUCCUCCCCCGGUCCUUGA